UUCGGCCGGGUUCAAAAUCCCCAAAUAAAAGUUCGCCGUCGCGUCCCCUGUCAAUGGCGUCGUCUCUCUAUCUCCAAGUCGGCCCGCUGCAAUUGUUUUUCCCCCCCAAUGAAUCUUCCCACGGAUGCAAAAUAGAAGGAAAUGCUUUCGCCUCUGUCCUCUUCUCUUCCCCUCGGUUGGCAAAAAAAAAAGAUGCGUUCAAAUGCUCAUCGUGAUCCUCCGAGGGAGUGAUUAAAACGGCAAAAUAUCAAAUGAAAUUUUAUAGCUACUCCACACCGUUAGAGUGUAAAACUCAAUUAAUACAGACAUGAUCGUAAAACAAACUGGAGUCACAAUCGAGUCUCUUGCGUGUGUCUUCUGCCCACGUAGGCGUGUUUUUGAACGGUCCGCGAAGUGGUCGUUUGAUUCUGAGGCUGCGCUGUUAUUUGUCGUCGGUAGGCGGCAGCACUUGAUAAAAGCGGGACAAAAAAAAACAAUCAAAAAUCCCACGAAGGAGCAAGCUCCUUCCCUUUGGGCUGAGCUCUGCUAACAGACAACGUAAACAUUAGCACAUUUGACUUUAAACUCAUUUUUCGGGCGCUUGUCGCUCCGGUUCACUCGAGCAAAACAUCGCUACGCAGAGGCUUGGAUAAAAUGUAAUCUUCAACUAUGGCUGUUUGGAGUUGUGUAUUUUUUAACGCUGUCGAGGCCUUGUGUUUGUCCUGCUAACGAGAGCCAAUGAUUCAGCUGGAGAAACCGCUGCUGACUGGGACCAUGCCGGUGGUCUGGCCCACCAUCCUUGACCUGGGCAGGGAUGAGUGCAAAAGGAUACUGCGCAAACUGGAGCUGGAGGCGUACGCCGGCGUCAUCAGCGCCCUGCGAGCCCAGGGAGACCUCACUAAGGACAAGAAGGAUCUGCUGGGAGAGCUCACCAAAAUCCUUGGCAUCUCAACCGAGCGCCACCGCGCCGAAGUGCGCCGCGCCGUCAACGACGAGCGCCUUUGCACCGUCGCGUACCACAUGGCGGGUCAGAACAGCUCGUCCGAAUGGUCCAUCGAGGGCCGGCGGCUGGUGCCGCUGAUGCCCCGGCUGGUCCCGCAGACGGCCUUCACCGCCACUGCCAACGCGGUGGCCAGCGCCGCCGCCACUCACAACGCCUCCAUGCUGUUGCCGGCUGAGACGGGGAACAAGGAAGUGGUCGUGUGUUACUCCUACACGAGCACGACAGGCACCUCCAGCAGCUCCACGGCAACGAGCGGCGCUGCGGCAACGGCCACCAAGUCCCCGCGGCCACCCAGCCCCUCGUCCAGCGUGGUGGUGCUGCCCAGCGGAAGCACCGUCUACGUCAAAAGCGUGAGCUGCUCCGAUGAGGACGAGAAGCCGCGCAAGCGCCGGCGCACCAACUCGUCCGGCUCGUCGCCGGUGCUGCUGAAGGAGGCGGCCAAGGUGUCGUCGCCCGCCGCCAAGCACGUGGCGGCGGCGCCGGUGGUGAGCGGCAGCCCCAAGAUGAGCAACCUCAUGCAGAGCAUCGCCAACUCGCUGCCGCCGCACCUGUCGCCCGUCAAGAUCACCUUCACCAAGCCCACCAUUCAGACCACCAGCAGCAGCACGCAAAAGGUGAUCAUCGUGACCACGUCGCCCAGCUCCAACUUUGUGCCCAACAUCCUGUCCAAGUCGCACAACAACGCCGGCGUGUCCAAGUUGGCCUCCAGCUCCAUCCUGACCACGCCCACCCACAAGCAGACGGUGGUCUUCCCGGCGGCCACUUGCGGCCCCUCGGCCGCGCCGGCCGUCACCGCCGUGGUCUCCUCCUCGCCCUCGGCCGUCAUGUCCGCCGUGUCCUCGUGCGCCGCCUCGGCGGGCGUGAAAGUGGCCUCGGCCAGGCUGCCCUCCCCGAAGACCCUGGCGGGCUCCCCGGCGCAGAUCCUGGGCCAGUUCCCCAAGCAACAGUCGUCCAUGGGGGCUUCCGGCGUGGGCCAGGCCGCCGCCGCCUCGCCGGGCCCCAAGCCCACGAUUCAGAUCAAGCAAGAGUCUGGGGUGAAGAUCAUCACUCAGCAGGUGCAGCCCAGCAAAAUCCUGCCCAAGCCGUCGGCGGCGGCGGCUCUGUCCAGCGGCGGCGGCGCCGGCAGCAGCUCCUCGCCCAUCAUGGUGGUCAGCAGCAACGGAGCCAUCAUGACCACCAAGCUGGUCACUCAGCCCACAGCCACCCAGGCCACCUACACGCGGCCCGCCGUGGCCCCCAACCUGGGCGCCCGCAUCUCGGCCUCGGCCGGCGCCGCCACCUACGUCAAGACCACGAGCGGCAGCAUCAUCACGGUGGUGCCCAAGUCCUUGGCCACGCUGGGCGGGAAGAUCAUCAGCAGCAACAUGGUGUCGGGCACCACCACAAAGAUCACCACCAUCCCCAUGUCGUCCAAACCCAACGUGAUCGUGGUCCAGAAGACCAGCGGCAAAGGGUCCACCAUCCAAGGGCUGCCCGGCAAGAACGUGGUCACCACCUUGUUGAACGCGGGGGGAGAGAAGAGCCUGCAGGCCGUCCCGGGGACCAAACCGGCCAUCAUCACCGCCGGCAGGCCCAUCACCAAGAUGAUCGUCACGCAGCCCAAAGGCCUGAGCGCCGGCGCCGCCUCCGCCGCCGCCACCAAGAUCAUCCCCACCAAGAUCGUCUACGGCCAGCAGGGCAAGACGCAGGUGCUCAUCAAGCCCAAGCCGGUGUACCAGACGGCCGUGGUGAGCGAACAGACCCGGCAGCUGGUCAGCGAGACCCUGCAGCAGGUCACCCGCUCGGUCGACGCGGCCCACGUUAGCGCUCAAGACGGCGGCACGAAGGACGAGUGCGGCGCCCUGGCGGAAAGCUCGACCGGGGAAGCGUCGCACGGUAGGCGGGACGCCGCGGCGUUGGCGUGGCGCCGGGCUCUCGAAGCCGCCAAAUGCUUGAAUGCGCUCUCGGGGGCUCGUCCCUCUGGCAGAGACGCAGGCGGUGCUGCACGUGCUGUCCUCCCGCGAGCAGGAGUGGACGGAGCAGGAGGUGUCGGUGGAGUCGGCCCCGACCAUCAUCUACCAGGAGUGAAGGAGAAGGGCGAGUCCAAAGCCAGGCAGCACGCGCACAUCGACCUGAGCCAGAUGGCCGUGCCCAUCCAGCUGGCGCAGGAGAAGAGGAGCAGCCCGGAGUCGUCACGGCCGCCCGGCGGCGAGCCCCAAGCGGGCGCCGCCGCCGCCACCGCUCCGCCGCCUGCUAAAGUGAGCCGGACGACGACGAUGGAGGAGCGUGCGGCCUCGACCCCCGCCGCCCCCUACAAAAGCGUCGGCCAGGUUCCCGUGGCUAACAAGCCGGUCGACGCCACGCCCGUAACCGCGGUGACGCACGUCAGCCUCAGGCCUUCCGAUGGUAAAAGCGAGUCCGCGUUGGAGGCGAGCGAGCUGGAAGGCGACACGCUGGACCCUCAGACCGGCUUGUUUUACCGCUCCAGCAACCAGACGGACGCCCCCAAGCAAGCCCCCCACGCCGCUCCUCAGCUCACGGCUGCCAGCCACCCAGAAGGCACCACUCCACCUCUUCCUCCUCCUCCUCAUCCUCCCCAGCUGCAGAGUAAACCUCAGCUCAACCAGGCUCCGCCCCCCUCCUCUCCCUCGCCCUCCUCUUCGUCCUCACCGGCCAAGAAGCUCCCCAAACUGAGAGAGCAGAGUCCGGCCAAGCCUCAGGGUGCCGCCCCCUCGCUCGUCACGCCGCAGCUGCCCAAACUACAGCAGGCGCCCACGUCGCACCACAGGCCGCUGCACGCGCCCAUGUCGCACCCGCCGCCGCUGCAGGCGCACCACCCCAUUGGCGCCGACAAGGCCGCGCCGGUACAGCAGCCAAUCAUCACGCAGAGCGCCACCGUCACCAAAAUCACCUUCGGCGGCAUCCACCAGCAGCAGGCCGGCCACGCGCCGCCCGUCCCGAGCGACGAUGCCGAGCUGGCGGGCCAGCCGGGCUCGGGGCCGGCGCUGGACGAGGAGGCGUCCGUGUCCGACAUCCUGAAGAUCUCCAUGAUGGAGGCCCAGAUCGACCCCGGCACCGAGCCCGUGCUGGUGGACUCGUCUGGCGAGCGGCCCUCCCAGGCGCAGGCCCUGGAGGCCAAGCGAGCGGCGGCCCAACACUUUGCCAAAGAGCGCCUGGAGGUGAUCCAGGUGAUCCCUCAGUACUCGAUCGUGCCGGACUCGAGCCAGUCCAACGUGGUGGUGGAGCCCAGCGGCUUCCUGGAGAUCACCAACUACACCAGCCAACAGCUGGAUGACGACGACGGCCCCGCCGAGCACGACGUGGACAGUGGUAACGACGCCGGCCCCCCCACGCCCUAGAACGGACCCCGCCCCGUCCAGCUUGAUAUGCCCACUUUGUAACGGGCCUUGCUUUUGGAAUGCAGUCGCCACCCGAUGCUGGAAUGAAGAGAGACACAAGGGAACUGGACAUGUGUGCUAAUACCCCCCCCCCCCCCCCCCUCACCCCAAAUGGCAUCUUCCUCUUACUUUUCUAACAAUCAUAGCCAUAAUCUGAAAGAAAAAAAAAGUGGGGUCGGGGGGGUUACAACUGAAACAGAACAAGGCAUGCAUAAUGUAACGAACAUAAAGGAUAUAACGUCCAUGUACCAUUUUGGUGUACAUUUCAUACAUUUGUAAUAUUGAGCUAUUGCGCUACUUUUUUUAAUAUCAAAAUAUAUAUUAAAGAAAAUCAAAUUGGGAUUUUUUUUUCCCUCAGUGUGAGCAAGGCAAGGAGGGGGGGUGUUGGUCCUUUCCGUUUAUUGAUGCCGUCAUAAAAGUAAACAAAAACAUGAUUGAAUAGAAAUGCCGUGUAAAGAACAAAUGGACGCCGUUGUAUGGAGGGGG